UUACUUUAUACGACAGAAGAACAUGGGUGUUCUCUUACAACGUUCUAUUUCCGAGUCGAACAACAUGAACCGACGUUACUAAUGAUCAAAACAUGUAAUAACGAGGUGUUUGGUGCUUACUGUUCUUCCCGUUGGUAUGAGCGCAAUAUGAAAGAUGAUCGAGGAAACAGACAAGCUUAUUUUGGAACGGGAGAAACAUUUUUAUUUUCAUUAUAUCCAGAACGUGCCAAGUCCUGGGUAGGAAUGGGAAGUGGUGACAAAGAGUCACUUGGCCAUGCUGCUGAACUGUUUAUGGCAGCCGAUUCGAAAAUGAUCACGAUCGGCGGAGGGCAAGGGCAAGCGAUUUGGAUGGAUGAAAACAUUCGCUUUGGCAAAACCGAUCAUUGCCAAACAUUUAACAAUCCCCCACUGUGUGCAAGUGGUGAUUUUGAGGUUCGAGUUUUGGAAGUCUAUGGGUUCUCUGGAGCAUGAGAUUUGUAAUUAUUUA